CGCGCGAAGGUGCAGAUGUUGUUGGUGUUAUUCUGCAUGAGAACAGCAGAAGAAGAAGUCGACUCGUGUCGUGUGCGCACUUCAAACUAAAGCACUUGACGUGGAAUUAAAAAGGAAUCAUUCCUGCUGAAAUGGACACCUGUGGAGAUAUCCAAGUGAAGGAGCUGAACAAGCGGGCCUCAGGUCACGCAUUCGAGGUCAUCCUGAGCCCCUCAAACACAGAUGCUAAGGAAUUUCCAUUGUCCCCUCUGAAUAAAAAGGAAACAUCACUGGAUGAGAUUAAGAGAAAACUGGACGCUGCAGAAGAGAGACGCAAGAGUCAGGGCGCUGAAGUGUUGAAACAGUUGGCUGAGAAAAAAGAGCAUGUGAAGGAGGUUCAGCAGAAGGCCAUCGAGGAAAGCUGCAACUUUAAGAAGACGGCACAAGAGAAACUCAAUCAGAAGAUGGAGACAUACGAAGAGAACCGCACUGCAUGGAUGGCAGCUCAAAAUGAAAAAUUUAAGGAGAAAGACAAGAAACUGGAAGAGGUGAAGAACAAGAAGGCGAUGGGAAAGUUAAUUUGUUUGUAAUUUGAAAACAGCAGUUACAUCUCCAAAGAUAAGCUUAAUUUUUUUUACCUGACUUUUUCAAGGUUUUCUUUAACUAGUUCUCAGUAUGCUAUAGAAUUAAAGUCUUUUCAGUUUUAGACUGGGUCCUGAUUUUGUCUGACUUUUCUGCACUUGUAGAAUUCUUGUGGGCAGCUAGCUACACUGUUUUUUCUGAGGUCUGAACUAUAUUUUCCAUUACAAUGCAUUUCAUUGAUAUGAAUCAAUCCUUGUCCUUCAUACUACAGUGCUUAAUAAUAAUGUUCCAAACUGUUGAUAAUACUGUACUGUACUGUACUGUUUAGAUAUACUGUAAGAUACCAAGGUUCUGGCAUUAAAGUGUGUAUCCACAAUUUAA